CGUUCAAUUUUUCCUAAUUUCACUGCCUGCACGAGACACACACUUCUCUCCGGCGAACAUUCAAUCACUAAAUUAGGGUUUUUCAAUUCUCCUACAAUUUCAUUUACAACAAAUCUUUAAUGAUGGAAAGGCACCGAGGCGGUGACCGUGAUCGUGACCGCGACUAUCGCGAUCGUGACCGAGACCGCGACCGCAAUUUCCAUCAUCAACAUCGCCGUCCUUCUCGCUUUUCCGAUGCUUUUGCAGUCGAAACCCGCCGUAGUCCUGUCAACUACCGUGAUGGAUUCUCCGAUGGUCGCCGUGCUUUUGAGAGUCCGCCUCAGCAACCUCCCGUAGGUGGUAAUGGAGGUUUCAUUCCCCCGGUUGGUGGGCCUCCUGCAGGAUUUUGGCCCGCUGGUGGUGAAGUUGGAGGCCCGGGAGAGGGAGGGGGUUUCGGGAAUGAUUUUCCAGGCCCUCGCCGGCCCUUGCAACCAUCGCCUUCUCUUUCUGGUCAGAAACGAGGGUUUCCGUUCUCUGGCCGUGGUGGCUCCCCAGAGCACUUUGAUGGAAAGAGUUUUGUUAAGCUUUUUGUAGGGUCUGUACCCAGAACAGCCACCGAAGAAGAGAUACGACCAUUGUUUGAAGAACAAGGAAACGUCUUGGAAGUUGCUUUAAUAAAGGACAAGAGAACCGGACAACAACAAGGGUGUUGUUUUAUUAAAUAUGCUACUUCUGAAGAAGCAGACAGGGCAAUAAGAGCUUUGCACAAUCAAUAUACUUUGCCUGGGGGAGUGGCUCCAAUACAAGUUAGAUAUGCUGAUGGUGAACGUGAACGUCUCGGUAAUGGUGCAGUUGAGUACAAGUUGUUUGUGGGUUCAUUGAAUAAGCUUGCUACGGUGAAGGAAGUGGAGGAGAUAUUUGCACGAUAUGGUCGCAUUGAAGAUGUAUACCUUAUGCGUGAUGAAAGGAAGCAGAGUAGAGGCUGUGGGUUUGUCAAGUUCUCUAAUAGGGAAUCAGCAAUGGCAGCGAUAAAUGAUCUGAAUGGGAUUCAUACAAUGAGGGGCUGCGAUCAACCUCUAAUUGUUAGGUUUGCUGAUCCAAAGAGGCCCCGGGCUGGAGAACCAAGGUCCGGGCCUGCAUUGGGAGGUCCAGGCUUUGGUCCUUCUCAACCAACAGGGAUCAGGCCGGGUACUGGACCCGAUUUCCCUGGUCCUAUGGGCGGUCUGGGGGCACCAAAUGCAUGGCAGUCUAUGAAUCCACAGAAUCUAGGUCCAUCUGGUAAUGUUGGCUUGCAUGGAUUUAGCAAUCAGUUUCCUCCUAGAUCUGGUGAUGCAACAAUUCCUUCAACUCCUGGUGCCCAUGUUGGUGGUCAAGGCAGUCUUACAGAAGGUUCAGUCAGUGGAGCUGUUUCUGCUACAUUACCAUCCUCACAGAAUUUCAAUCAUUCAUUUCCACAAAUGCCUUCAACUGGCCAUCAUAUAUCACCUCUGCCAAAACCGGUCCAGUCUCCUCAGUACUAUAGACCUCCCUUACAACUACAUCAAGGACAUGGGACACAUUCUCAAGCACCCACUUCUCAGGCGCCAAUAAGGCCAUUUAAUUCUCAAGUCAGUGUUCAAGGUCCAUACAGUCAGCCGGUUCCAUCGCAAGAGAUUCAUGGUUCCACCGGACAUGUGCCUUCUGCGUUGCCUCAUGCUCAGCAGAACACCGUAACUUCUACAUCUCUACAAAAUCAGCCUAAUGCUGCAUCUCCAUCGACUGACUCUCAGCUCCCUACUUCAGCACCACAGAAACCUCUUUCUUAUCAACAAUCUCCGUCUCAGAUUACACAGAUGCUAUCACAACAGAGGCAGAGUCUGCAAGCUAGCUUUCAGUCGUCUAAGCAGGCAUUUUCUCAACUUCAACAACAGGCACAAAUGAUGCAACCAUCUGUGCAUAACCAAGCUGUACCGCAGAGCUUUCAAGCUUCAAGGCAGCAGUGGGCUACUGCUGCACCAUCGACAGCUACCAGUGUGCCUGCCCUUGGACCAUCCUCAGAGACAACUUCCACAUCUUCUGUGCCUGUGGGAAGUGCUGCUGCUGUUAGACCAGCUCCUGUUAAAUGUAACUGGACAGAGCAUACCUCCCCUGAUGGGUACAAAUAUUAUUAUAACUAUGUAACUGGUGAAAGCAGGUGGUUGAAACCUGAGGAAUUGGAAUCAUAUGAGCAGCAACAGAAUUUAGCUGUUCAACCACCAAAUCAGCCAAGUUUGCAGGCUGUUCCUAGCCAACAGGUAAGCCAAACACAACCACCACAGCUUCAGACACAGUUUCACCACACUCGGCAGUUGCAGAAUCUGCCUUUGUCAUCAAUGUAUCAAACUCCCGGAGGUGUCAGCAACCCGACUGCUCAGGGUACUAAUUAUUCACAAUUACAGGCACCCAUGAACUCUGCUAACGAUAGUGCUCGCUUCCAGCAGGUUCCUCAAGCUGCUCAAGAUUGGGCUUGGAAGAACAACUCUGGAGGAAACUGAAGCUACAUGAAUUUGCUGCAUCGGUUUGAAUGGUCUUAAUCCUGGAUAGGUCAUUAAAGUCCUGGAAGCUCGAAAGGAAGGAGUUUCAGUUAGAUGCCUUUGUGCGGUGUAUGUAUUUAUCGAGAGCGCUGCUCGUCUGUUUUACUUUUGAGCCUCAGGAUGUUUAGUCGCUAGUUAGUUGCUCCGGAUCAUACCAUUGUUAUAUUUGCUGUUAUUGAGGCAGUCAUUGAAAUCAGGUGGAGCUUUCAUAUUGUAGAGUUUGCACUUUGCAGUAAGUUGCACAUACCUUUUGUUUUAGUUAAUUUAGUUGUUUAAUACUAGAAUUAUUAAAUUAGGUGUGCGAAUCCCAACUUGGAGCGGGAAAGAGCCGAUGUAAACAGCGGAAAUUUGUACCAUAUUAUUAAAAUGAAUCUUAGGUAUUUAUAGAGAAAUUUUAUAAAUUAA